CUGAUGCACUGCGGACUAGACGUGAAGGAAAAAGGUCCGAAGUUGGCCGUGGGAGCCAGAAAGCAAACUAAGAGAGCUAGGGCAAAAAAGUGCGUAAGUCGGUUUGGAGACGGAGUACCUUUCUUUUACUUUAGCAUGCCACACACCUGUAGUCAGGAUAGUGACGUCUUACUGUUUGUUUAUGGAGGCUGCAAGUGUGUUUGAAGCCUUUAUAGUCACAAACCAAAAAGCAGUAACACACGAAGAGGUAGCGCUGCCCGUGAGCUACCGAUCGUGCCCGCGAGCCUGCAGUCGCGAGCCCGAGGCGGGAGAAAACUGUUGCCCAACUGGUAUUGCUUAAACAUUUGUUGCAUGCUUCGUACUCCAUUCGAGAUUUUUACAGAAGAUGAAAGAAGAAAUCAAGUGUUUCACUGACUUGAAAAUGGCUAUGUGGAUCCAAGCUCAACAGUUGCAGGGCGAUGCCUUGCAUCAGAUGCAAUCCUUAUAUGGUCAACAUUUCCCCAUAGAAGUACGACAUUAUUUAUCUCAAUGGAUUGAAAGUCAGGCAUGGGAUGCAGUUGAUCUUGACAGUUCUCAAGAUGAAUUUCGGGCAAAACGACUUCUUGAAGGUCUGGUUCAGGAACUACAGAAGAAGGCUGAACAUCAGGUUGGGGAAGAUGGCUUUUUACUGAAAAUAAAAUUAGGGCAUUAUGCUACUCAGCUUAAGAAUACUUAUGACAGGUGUCCUAUGGAACUGGUUAGAUGCAUAAAACACAUUUUGUACCAUGAGCAGAGACUUGUACGAGAAGCAACAAACCCUAGUUCUCCUGUUGGUGACCUUUUGGACACAAUGUCUCAGAAACAUCUACAAAUCAAUCAGACCUUUGAAGAACUGAGACUUAUGACUCGGGAUUCAGAAAAUGAUCUGAGUGGACUGAGUGGACUUCAGCACACUCAAGAAUAUUUCAUAAUUCAGUAUCAAGAAAGUGUACGUGUUCAAGCCCAGAUUUCUCAGUUAGCUCAGCUCAGUCCUCAGGACCAGUCUCGUAUCCUAAGGGAACAGGGGUUACAGCAGAAGAAGGCAUCGAUGGAUGCAUGGUUACAGCAUGAGGCUCAAAAACUACAACAGUUCAGACAGGAAUUAGCUGAAAAACACCAAAAGACACUGCAACUUCUUCGAAAACAACAAACAAUUAUUUUAGAUGAUGAAUUAAUUCAGUGGAAACGUCGACAGCAACUGGCAGGAAAUGGUGGCCCAUCAGAAGGCAGCUUGGAUGUGCUUCAGUCAUGGUGUGAAAAAUUAGCAGAGACAAUUUGGCAAAAUAGGCAACAAAUCAGACGAGCUGAACAUCUACGUCAGCAGUUGCCGAUUCCAGGUCCAGUUGAAAACAUGCUUACAGAGCUGAAUGCAACAAUUACGGACAUCAUAUCUGCACUAGUCACAAGCACCUUUAUAAUUGAGAAACAACCUCCACAAGUUUUGAAGACUCAGACUAAAUUUGCAGCAACAGUUCGUUUGUUAGUAGGUGGGAAGCUGAAUGUUCACAUGAAUCCACCUCAAGUAAAAGCAACAAUUAUUAGUGAGCAACAAGCCAAGGCCCUCCUUAAAAAUGAAAACACAAGAAAUGACUGUAGUGGUGAAAUUCUGAACAAUUCUUGUCAUAUGGAGUAUCACCAAGCAACUGGAACCCUUGGUGCCCACUUCAGAAAUAUGUCUUUGAAAAGAAUUAAACGGUCAGAUCGUCGUGGUGCAGAGUCAGUAACAGAAGAAAAAUUUACAAUCCUGUUUGAGUCGCAGUUCAGCGUUGGCGGAAACGAGCUAGUAUUUCAAGUUAAGACUUUAUCACUUCCAGUAGUAGUGAUAGUUCACGGGAGUCAGGACAACAAUGCAACAGCCACUGUAUUGUGGGACAAUGCCUUCGCUGAACCAGGUAGAGUGCCAUUUGUAGUCCCUGACAAAGUUGCUUGGCCACAACUGUGUGAAGCUUUGAAUAUGAAGUUUAAAGCCGAGGUGCAGAGUAAUCAUGGACUUUCAGAAGAAAACCUUGUUUUUCUAGCACAGAAAGCUUUCAGCAGCACAAAUGUUCACCCAGAGGACUACAGCAACAUGACUAUUUCAUGGUCCCAGUUUAACAGGGAAAGCCUGCCUGGCCGUAAUUUCACAUUUUGGCAAUGGUUUGAUGGAGUAAUGGAACUGACAAAAAAACACCUAAAACCUCACUGGAAUGAUGGAGCAAUUCUGGGAUUUGUAAACAAGCAGCAAGCACAAGACAUGCUUCUGUCCAAACCCAAUGGAACAUUUUUGUUACGAUUCAGUGAUUCAGAGAUUGGUGGUGUAACAAUAGCAUGGGUAGCAGAUAAUACAAAUAAAGCAGGAGAGAGACUGGUAUGGAAUUUGAUGCCUUACACAACAAAAGAUUUUUCAAUUCGAUCACUGGCAGAUAGAAUCAGUGAUUUAAAUCAUCUUCUUUACCUGUACCCAGACCGACCCAAGGAUGAUGUGUUCUCCAAGUACUACACACCUCUUCUAUCUAAACCAGUGGAUGGAUAUGUAAAGCCACAGAUUAAACAGGUAGUUCCAGGAUUUGCAACAGCACUUUCUGAUCAAGCAGCUGGAAGCAAUAUAUACAUGGAUCAAGCUUCUUCCCCAGCUGUGUGCUCCCAGCCACCUUAUAUGUUCCCUCAAAACCCAGAUACAAUGCUUGAUCCAGAUGGUGACUUUGACCUUGACGAUACAAUGGAUGUUGCAAGACAUGUUGAGGAACUUUUACGCAGGCCUGUGGAUAAUCAGUGGAUGCCACCGUCGUGACACUGCCAUCAUAUCUGGUCGUUGCCUUCCCCCAUUUUAACCACUAGUGGAGAACUUAUUGUGGAUUAUUUCCAUAAAUCUCUUCUCUCUAGGGAAAUAUAAUGUGAAGUGUUAAUAUUGGUCAUUACUUUUAUUUUUUUUUUCUGCAUGAUAACCCAAACAUACUUUUUUCAUUGUCUUUUUUUUUCUUUGCUUGGAAAAAAAGCAGCUGCAUUUUUAUUAUAGCAUCACAACUAUUAUAUUUUGAUAAAAAGGCAGUUGGCUAGAUGCAUGAUUUUAGAAGUAUUUUUGCAGAAAAUUUGCUUCUGCUUUUUUCAGGAGAUCUACUGUAUUGCUACUUAACCGUUUUAACUUAAUUUCUUGUUAAAUGUUUCUGUCCCAAGUUGUCUUCUCAUUUCACUGCCUUUCACAUAAAAGACAGCUUUUUUGGAGGGAUAUUUGUCUUUCAACCACUUGUAUAUUUUAAAGUUGAUUUUUUUUAAGUAGUGACACAAGUAUUUCUCUUGUGCAGCAGAUAAAGUGAACAGACAAGGGAAUAAUAAUUUAAUUUAGCAUUUCCGUUCUUUGUAAAAAUAUUAAAACUUGUAAGUGUCACACUGGUCAGUUGUCACAGCCAAAAUGUUUCAGAACGUAUUUUUAUGACAAUCUUACUCUCUUGCUUUAAAUUCGGGUUGUGUUAAGAACAAAACCUACUGGGCAAUUUUGACAAUGUGAUACAUUGUUAUGCUGCACUCAUCGAGGUUUCCUUUAACAUAUGCAUCAGUAUUGCUAGGGAUAAGUAUUAGAAACAUAAUCCCUAUAUUUGAAUAAGUCCUUAAUCUAAUGGUGACACAUACCUGUGGCUUCUUUUGUAACUGUCAGGGAAUAACAGCCAUUGUAGAUAGAUAAAGCUAUAUUGUAAUUUAUGGAAAUUAUUUAUGUGGGUAGCUUACAUUCAGCAUAAAUUUAUAUUGUAAAACUUUUUGCUGUAUUAUAGUAAAUCUUAUUCUGCUGGAUGUUUUGUCAUUCAUGUUUUAGAGGGGUCAUCUAAAAUUAAUACAACUUUCUAAACUGUUCUUUCUUAUACACCUCCUUCUCAAGAACAGCAAAAGUUAGCUUUUGCAAAAAAAUGGCCACUUGCUUAUAUAAACAUUGAUUUUGUUGUGUGUAUGGAACAUUGAUGCCCUAACACAAUUGUCUUAAGUAAAUAUGUUUGGAUGGUGA